UUGCAUUCCAAAAUCACAGGAGCCUUGUAGUCUGAAGCUAUGCGAGCAGGCGUGCGAGAUCCAAGGCGAAAGGAUGUGGUGCACCUGUUACCCAGGCUUCCAGUUCAACGAAGAAAACUACUCGCGGAGACAGCAGCCUUACUGUGUUGACGUGGAUGAAUGCGCGGUGAACAAUGGUGGGUGCGAACAUCACUGUGUCAACGAUCGGGGCUUCCACUGCGAGUGCGCAGCGCCGCUGUCCUUGGCUAGCGACGGCAAGGCGUGCGUGCCCAGGAUGCCCAUAGUCGCCUUACCGGAGCCACUUCCUCUAAUCCGCGCGUCAUCUCGUUGCUACGCGCCGUGCGACACGGUCACCUGGCUGUCGCGGAAGGUAAAGCAGCUCAACGACCAGCUGCACACCACGCAGGCCGCUCUCAAGAAGCUGAUGGAAAACCCUGUGCUAAAGGGGGAAGGUGGCGAUCGCCAAGCAGAUGGCUCGUAUACUUACAAGCUGCUAGACGCAACUGUCCCCUUGGAAGGAGGGUACUGUAGGUGCGAAAGAGGACCCAGGGGUCCUCCGGGCGCGACAGGAGCUGAAGGUCCAAAAGGUGAUACAGGCCCGAGGGGACCACGUGGCCCGCGGGGGCCCAAAGGUUCCCUAGAUAUAAUGCUGCUCAUGCUAGCCGACAUCAGGCAUGACAUACAGAACCUCGAGUCCAGGGUUUAUAAAGAUGGAGAACGGCCGGAACGUUUUAAUUUGCAAAAAGCGUGGCGCAAACAACGCAAACAAGAAAAACUUGACAAAGAAGGUAAAACGGAACAAGAUUUAGAAGCGUUCACAGCACCGUCUAUUGAAGGGCCCGUCGAAAUUUCACCACGAGGUCGCACGGGAGAGGUACCCCGCGAGUCGACCACCGACUAUUCACUGGUGAAGGGCGAUCCAGAUCCUGACCUUCCUCUGGGGCUGGUCGACGACAUGGACGCACUACAACGCCUUCGCCAAUACCACCUGCUGGGCAACACCACCCAGCAAGAGGACGACGAACCCGACAAUGAUUAUGAUUACAGCUUCUAUUAAUAAACGGUUUUUAUAUGA